AUGAACCCCCGACUCUGGAUCCUGCUCUGCACCCUGCUGGGGGCUGCUCUGGGAAACCGAAUGCGGUGCUACGACUGCACAGGAGGUCCGGGCAGCUCCUGCAAAGAGACCACCUGCCGCGAGGGCGAGCGCUGUGGCUUCCUGGAGCGCAAGCCCCAGCCAGGCCCGGUGCAGACCAAGCUCUCCGGAAACCCUUCAGUGACUUUGAUUCAUCACCAUCCAACUUGCGUGGCGGCCCAUCAUUGCAACCAAGUGGAGACAGAGCUGGUGGGAGACACGACCUAUACAACCCACAGAGACUGCUGCUUUGGAGACCUGUGCAACAGUGCUGUGCCUGGGGCCCAGGCAUGCAUCCUGGCGGUGGCAGCCACCGCCCUGGCCUGGCUCUUACCAGGACUCUGGAGAGGGUAGUGGAGUAGGAGGAAGGGAAGGGAGCAGGGGAGUGAGUGC